AUGCCAUCACCAUCUCCAUCAUCUCCAUCAUCUCCAUCAUCCCCCCCAUCAUCCCCAUCAUCCCAUCAUCAUCCCAUCAUCUCCAUCAUCUCCAUCAUCCCCAUCAUCCCCAUCACCCCCAUCAUCCCCAUCCCCCCAUCAUCCAUCAUCCCAUCAUCAUCCAUCAUCCCCAUCAUCUCCAUCAUCUCCAUCAUCAUCAUCCCAUCAUCAUCCCCAUCAUCCCCAUCAUCCCCAUCAUCUCCCAUCAUCAUCAUCUCAUCAUCCAUCAUCAUCCCCAUCAUCCCAUCAUCAUCCCAUCAUCAUCCCCAUCCAUCAUCCCCAUCAUCCCCAUCACCCCCAUCAUCUCCAUCAUCAUCCAUCAUCCCCAUCAUCAUCCCCCAUCAUCCCAUCAUCCCCAUCAUCCCCAUCAUCCCCAUCACCCCCAUCAUCCCCAUCAUCUCCCCAUCAUCUCCAUCAUCUCAUCAUCAUCAUCAUCAUCCAUCAUCAUCCAUCAUUCCCAUCAUCCCCCAUCAUCCAUCAUCAUCCCCAUCAUCCCCAUCAUCCCCAUCAUCCCCAUCAUCCCCAUCAUCCCCAUCAUCCCCAUCAUCAUCCAUCAUCAUCCCCAUCAUCCCCAUCCCCAUCAUCCCCAUCAUCCCCAUCAUCCCCAUCAUCCCCAUCAUCCCCAUCAUCCCCAUCAUCCCCAUCAUCCCAUCAUCCCCAUCAUCAUCCCCAUCAUCCCCCCAUCAUCCCCAUCAUCCCCAUCAUCCCCAUCAUCCCCAUCAUCUCCAUCAUCCCCAUCAUCCCCAUCAUCCCCAUCAUCCCCAUCCCCAUCAUCCCCCAUCAUCCCAUCAUCCCAUCAUCUCCAUCAUCCCCAUCAUCCCCAUCAUCCCCAUCAGCCCCUUCAUCCCCAUCACCCCCAUCAUCUCCAUCAUCAUCCAUCAUCCCAUCAUCCCCAUCAUCCCCAUCAUCCCCAUCAUCCCCCAUCAUCCCCAUCAUCCCCAUCAUCCCCAUCAUCCCCAUCAUCUCAUCCAUCAUCCCAUCACCCCCAUCAUCAUCAUCAUCUCCAUCACCCCCAUCAUCCCCAUCAUCUCCAUCAUCCCCAUCAUCCCCAUCAUCCCCAUCAUCCCCAUCAUCUCAUCAUCAUCAUCAUCAUCCCCAUCAUCCCCAUCAUCUCCAUCAUCCCCAUCAUCCCCAUUUCAUCCAUCAUCCCCAUCACCCCCAUCAUCCCCAUCAUCCCCAUCAUCUCCAUCAUCCCCAUCAUCCCAUCAUCCCCCCUUCAUCCCCCAUCAUCCCCAUCAUCCCCAUCAUCCCCAUCAUCCCCCAUCAUCAUCCCCAUCAUCCAUCAUCCAUCAUCAUCCCCAUCAUCUCCAUCAUCCCAUCAUCCCCAUCACCCCCCAUCAUCCCCAUCAUCCCAUCAUCCCAUCAUCCCCAUCAUCCCAUCAUCCCCAUCAUCCCCAUCAUCCCCAUCAUCCCCCAUCAUCAUCCCCAUCCCCCACAUCAUCCCCAUCAUCCCCAUCCCCAUCAUCCCCAUCAUCCCCAUCAUCCCCAUCAUCAUCCAUCAUCCCAUCAUCCAUCAUCUCCAUCACCCCAUCAUGCCCAUCAGCCCCAUCAUCCCCAUCACCCCCAUCAUCUCCAUCAUCCCCAUCACACCAAUCAUUUCCAUCAUCUCCAUCACCCCCUUCAUCCCCAUCACCCUCUUCAUCCCCAUCACCCCUAUCAUCCCUUAUCAGUUUUUUUCGGGUUAUUAAUACUUAA